AUUAGUGUUGUGCCAUUUUUAGGGUCAGCAACCGGAGAUUUCUUAAGCCAUAUCGAUAGGUACCUACUUAUAACAAGAUAACAUAUCUAUUCGUCGAAUCAAGUAGUGUAUAGUUUUCUGUAAUAUUGGUAUAGUUACAUCUGAUCAAGGGCUCCCUCCACCUCCCCCGCUCUCCCCACAUCCUAUGAGUCCCGUCAUGGCUUGACCCGGGUGACAUACAGGCGGCAAAUUGCAUUGCCGAGGAGUGGUAGCUUGAAUCUAUUCAAUGUCGGGUUAGGAAGGUAUUACGUGGUUCUUACUGAUAUACAAUUCGGUAGGGCAGUAUAAAUCUAGUUCAUUCUACGGAACGAGCUUACCAGGAGGCGUUUGGGGAGUUUGGUCGUAACCCAGAAGGAAAUCAUAACUACCUAUUAAGAGUGCUAUGGAAAAGUUCAGCGAGGAAGUUGAAUCUCAAGGGAGGAUGGUAACAGAGGCGCCAAGGCACCGCGGCCUUGAUGAAAAUCAGGUUGCCUUGUUUAGACAGUUCUCAGCGGCGAGCCCAGAUUGGCAUCGUAACAUAGCCACGAGGCUCACUCGGAAAGUCGAUCUUCAUCUACUUCCGAUGCUCAUGUUGAUGUAUAUGCUUAACUUCCUGGAUCGAAGCAACCUCUCGCAAGCGCGUCUUGGAACGCUGGAAGACGAUCUUGGCAUGACGGGAACGGACUUCAACCUCGCAACGAGCAUUCUAUUCGUAGGGUACAUUCUCAUGCAGCUUCCAUCAAAUCUCUUAAUAACUCGAGUGACGCCCUCGGUUUAUCUUGCUGUGGCUAUGACGAUAUGGGGAGUUAUAUCUACAGCUCAGGCAGCAACUCGCACGUUUGCCUCUUUAGUCAUAUGUCGAUUUUUUCUUGGAUUUGCGGAAGCGCCAUUCUUCCCUGGUGCGAUAUUCCUGAUGUCAAGUUGGUAUACUCGUCGCGAACUUGCCCUCAGGAUCGCGUGGUUCUACUGUGGUCACUCUGUGGCGAAUGCAUUCGGUGGUCUCUUAGGAGCUGGGGUUCUGGGAAAUUUAAGCGGCGCCCACGGCAUCGCCGGAUGGCGAUGGCUUUUCAUAAUCGAGGGCAGCAUAACAAUCUUUUUCGCCAUCUGUUCAGCCUUCAUUUUGCCAGAUUACCCAGCUACUACAAAAUGGUUAUCUCUUGAAGAACGCGCGUACGCGCAGUGGCGACUCGCCAAGGACGCAGGGGAGGUGGAUGUGGCCGACGCCUCAUCUAUCAAAGAAGGAGUGAUGUUGGCACUGCGUGACCCGCGCCUUUAUCUUUUCACGUUGCUGCAACAUUGCUCUUUAUUGUCGCAGACGUUUCAGUACUUCUUUCCGACUAUCCUCCAGACUUUGGGGUACGGGAACAUCGAAACUCUGCUCCUAACUGCGCCCGUUUGGGCAGUAUGCUUCUUGGUCUCCUUGGUGGUGACGUAUACAUCCGGACGCUUCGCAGACCGCAGCAUUCAUAUUAUAUGCUUAAUUUUGAUUUCUGCGGCAGGUAACAUUAUCGUAGUAGCUACUCUCAACAAUGCGGUCCGUUUCUUUGCCUUAUUCCUUUUGCCAAUGGGUGCCGUUCCUGCUUAUCAGAUCAUCCUUGCUUGGGUGGCUAACAGUUUUCCACGCCCGCUGGUCAAGCGCAGCGCCUGCAUAUCAUUCACCAACAUGGUUGGCAACUCGGCCAACAUAUAUGGUACCUACAUGUAUCCAGCUGUCAACGGGCCUCGAUACCUCGCUGGUGGGGGCGCUACAGCAGCUGAUGCGCUCCUUGUUGCCGUCUUGGCUAUUAUCGUAAGAUUUGUGUUGCAAAGGCAGAAUCGAAAACUGGCCGAGCGCGACACGUUCGAGGCGGGCGAGCUCCGGGCGCAGCCUCGGGAUCCAAUCACUACACCUGUGGGCUUCAGGUAUAUCCUCUAGAACUGCGUAGACUAAUCCGUUAAAGAAUAUUUCAUUGGAUAUUUCAUUCUGUCCGGCAUGCUCAUAUCUUACUGGAACACGGGGACAUGAGUAAUUGUAUACGAGGCUGGGCGUAGACUUACGGCGUAUUCUGGAGUGGUCUAUGUACCUAUUAUUCGUCGCCGAUCUUCUAAUAGAAUUUAUGAUGGCUGGAUUAUAUCAGUUGCGAUUGGAGUGAUAGGUAUGGUCCGCGGGGGCAGUGAACGCUUCUUGACGCCUCAAAUACCACCCUACCACAAACGUUUUCUCAUUGAGCUAUCCGAUAUAUGCUGUCUAACCCAAGUCC